CGUCAUGGUGUAAUCAGCUGUUGAUACGUUUCAGACGAAGUUAUACUUUUUUUUGAAUAAUUUUUCCGAUAUUAUAUCCAGCAAGUUUCUUUAUGGCUAGAUACGAAAGGCAUGAAAUAAAAUUACAGUGUUGUUAAAAUUACAUAUCAUACGUUCAGCAACAGAUUCUAGACAAGCAAUAGUGUAUAGGAAGGUUAGGUUUGCCUACGUUCAUUUGACAGCACACAAAGAAUCUGUAAAAAAAUAAUGGGUCAAACACUCAGCGAGCCUGUGACAGCCAAGAAGUCGGCAUGCUGCAGGGACUCAAACUACAGAGUCGGCAGUUCGUGUAUGCAGGGUUGGCGUACUAAAAUGGAAGAUUGUCAUGUACACAUACUUUCAUUACCCGAUGAUCCAGGCACUGCAUUCUUCGCAGUAUAUGAUGGCCAUGGAGGUGCAGCAAUGUCACAACAUGCUGGAAAACAUCUUCAUGAAUACAUAACUAAGAGAAGCGAGUAUAGGGCAGGUAAUAUUGUUGAAGCUAUACAACAUGGCUUCUUGGAAUUAGAUGAAGCAAUGCAAAAUGAUGAAGUACUUAGAGAUGAACAAGCAGGAACCACUGUAACAGCACUCCUUAUUAAGGACAAUGUUAUAUAUAGUGCAAAUGCUGGCGAUAGCAGAGCAGUGGCAAGUAUUAAUGGUAACGCAGUAUCCCUCAGUCGAGAUCAUAAACCGACAUUGAAAGAUGAACGUGAACGAAUUAAAGCUGCUGGUGGUUGGGUUGAAUUUAACAGAGUUAAUGGUACGCUUGCGUUAUCUCGCGCUCUUGGAGAUUUUAUGUUCAAACGAAAUGAUCGUAAAUCGGCACAAGAACAAAUCGUGACUGCUUUCCCCGAAGUUCGACAAUAUCAAAUAACGGAAGAUUGGGAAUUUGUUAUUUUGGCUUGUGAUGGUAUUUGGGACGUAAUGACCAGCGCAGAGGUAGUUAACUUUGUACGAACACGGAUAUCGACAUGUAGCCCAGGUCAAGAACACGACACGACGUAUCCCGAGGACAUUUGUGAAGAGCUUAUGAAUCAUUGCCUUGCACCAGAUACUCUAAUGGGUACAGGUUGCGAUAAUAUGACGGUCGUCCUUGUUUGUUUCCUUCAUGGAAAACCAUAUUCCCAUUUAAUUCUACGUUGCAAGGAAACAAGUAGUACAAAUCCCUAGUUAUUUAAGUUAUUAUUAUUAUUUUAUCUUGAUCAUCUUUUAAAUUCUUUAUGUAACAUUUUGCAUCACAUUGAAACUAGCGUGGUUCAUUACUAUCACCAUUGUGCAAUAGUUAUAAAAUCUUUAAGCUUCAUCAUGGACUCUUACAUUUUUAAACUUUGUGAACGUAAGUUUCUGAAGAACAGCAUUCAUUUCUACGAAAA